CUCUCGGCUCAGACUGCCGGACUCGGCGCUCUUCUCGCCGGCCGCCUUGGGAAUCGCCGGCUGCCACCGCCCAGCUCGCACCCGCUGGCCCCCCAGUGCUUGGGCACCUGUUGGAGGCGCAGAGACAGCCAGGGGUGCUGCAUGAGGGGCCGCAGGGGCGACCGCAUGACCAUCAACAUCCAGGAGCACAUGGCCAUCAACGUGUGCCCGGGGCCCAUCCGGCCCAUCCGCCAGAUCUCUGACUACUUCCCCCGCCGGGGACCAGGACCUGAAGGGGGUGGCGGGGGCUUCGGAGAGGCUCCUGCUCAUCUGGGCCCCCUGGCCCUGGCACCCCCUGCAGCCCUCCUUGGGGCCACCACGCCCGAGGAUGGAGCUGAGGUGGACAGCUAUGACUCGGAUGAUACCACCGCCCUGGGCACGCUGGAGUUUGACCUUCUCUACGACCAGGCUUCCUGCACUCUGCACUGUAGUAUCCUCAGGGCCAAGGGCCUCAAGCCCAUGGAUUUCAAUGGCCUGGCCGACCCCUACGUCAAACUGCACCUGCUGCCUGGAGCCUGCAAGGCCAAUAAGCUAAAAACUAAGACUCAGAGGAACACGCUGAAUCCCGUGUGGAAUGAGGACCUGACGUACAGCGGAAUCACAGAUGAUGACAUCACCCACAAGGUGCUCAGGAUCUCCGUCUGUGAUGAAGACAAGCUGAGCCACAACGAGUUCAUCGGGGAGAUCCGUGUACCCCUCCGCCGCCUCAAGCCUUCACAGAAGAAGCAUUUUAACAUCUGCCUUGAGCGCCAGGUCCCGCUGGCUUCACCCUCUUCCAUGUCUGUGGCGCUGAGGGGCAUCUCCUGUUACCUGAAGGAGCUGGAGCAGGUGGAGCAGGGGCCUGGGCUGCUGGAAGAGCGCGGGCGCAUCCUGCUGAGCCUCAGCUAUAGUUCUCGGCGCCGCGGGCUGCUGGUGGGCAUCGUGCGCUGCGCCCACCUGGCUGCCAUGGACGUCAACGGCUACUCUGACCCCUACGUCAAGACGUACCUGAGGCCAGACGUGGAUAAGAAAUCCAAGCACAAAACACGUGUGAAGAAGAAGACUCUAAACCCGGAAUUUAAUGAGGAGUUCUUCUACGAGAUGGAGCUCUCCACUCUGGCCAGCAAGACUCUGGAAGUCACAGUCUGGGACUAUGACAUUGGCAAAUCCAACGACUUCAUCGGUGAGGGAGGAGCCUGCUGGGUGGUGCUGAUGGAGGGCAGCCCGGCAGGGAGCCCGGCCCUGAUCUUGCCUGCCUCUACUGCCCGCAGGUGGCGUGGCCCUGGGGCCAGGCGCCCGGAGAGAGGCCCGGAAGCACUGGAGCGACUGUCUGCAGCAGCCGGACGCAGCUCUGGAGCGCUGGCACACCCUGACCAGCCAGUUGCCCCCGGCGGCCGGAGCCCUGCCCUCAGCCUGAGCAGGACAGCGGCCGCCCAGCACAGGGCCCUCAGGGCUGGGCCCAGUAGGCAGCCUUCGCACGAGUGUGUUGCACGUUUACACGGGGUGGAGGCCCCACCCCGCACUACUUGUCUUGUUUCGUGUCUCCGUGACCGUGGGUCUGUCUUCUUGUGAGGGACUGUGGAGAUCUAUAUUCACAUAUGCAAACUUCCUCCUGCCUGACUCGCUACAACAGACAAAUAUGCAAACCACCCAUCCAGAGCACACCUGCAGGGGGGAUCCCACAGUGCCCCUGCCCCAAGGACCCGGCUGCUGCUCCUCUCUCCUGCCUCUCCAGGCUGCCCGGCCCCCUCCCCUCCAGGGAGGAGGUCGGAUUGGGGGGGGUUUGGAGGAGGAGGUUUCCAAAAAUGAAAAUGACACACACAAAAAGAGGCACUCCUUUAAUGCAGAAUCUUCAUUAAAAAAACCACCACCACCGAGCCCUGUACAGCUGCCCUUUUAAGUGGGGGGCCACCGCAGGGUCUCUGCCUCUCUGAGAGGUGGCAGAUGCUCCUGGCCCACUCAUUUAAAUAACUGUCCCCUGGAUUGGGCUGGGAUGUGAAGGCAGGGCCCUUGCCCUCCCUGGAGAGGGCCCACGUUCUGGGGGACAUUCAUGCAUGUUUACGCCUUUUCUGAUUGUGUCAGUGGCCACAGCAUGGCAACCAGGCGUCAAUAAACGUCUCUGCGGAAGCUGGGGGCUCAUGUGUGCUGACACAGAGGGCGCUGGGCAGGGGGUCAGGCAGAGGGGUUCACUCCGGGAUGUCGAUCACCAGGUCAUCAUCCCCGUCCAGGGCGUCGUCCCCGCUGCCUGCAUCGCUGAACAUCUGCCGAGGGACGG